ACCACCAUAAAAUGUCAUAACAAUUGCACGUGUUUUCAAAAUAGUUUUCGCUUCUGAAUUAAGUACAGAUUUAAGAAUUUUAACGCAAUUUUUAUGUUUUUAAAACAGCCGAAUAUUUAGUUGUAAUGUUUAAAUUUCGCAAUGGGUAAGAAAAGGUAUAACGCUAAAGCACGUCAAGUUGUUAAAACCAAUGUUGAUAAUUCUCAAACCAAUGAGAUCAAGUUAGAGUUUGCAACAAAUAGCUAUGGUGCUGAGGACCCCAGUAACUUAUUGGCUCUGCCAUCUAAAAAGAGAAAAACUAAAAUUGUAGCAGAGAAGAAGGAAAAAACUAGGUUUUUGUCCAAGGCACAGAGGAAGCGAUUGGAAAAAAUAAUAGACAAAAAGAAAAAAAAAGAAAAUAGGGCAUCAUUAUUAGAAUCUCUGACUCAAGUGCAAGCUUCUAAAGAAGAAGUUGACCAACUUACUACAAUAUCUGCUUUCCAAACCCUUGGUCUAAGAAAACUUAAUGAAUAUGAUGUAGAAACUGCAAAUUUGAAAGUUAAGAGACAAGAUGAAGAGCAAGAAGAACCCAAAAAAUUUAGUAGUAUAGCAGGAGCAAAGAAACGUUUACGUCUUCUCAGAAUGGAAAAUGCCAAUAAAGUAAAAAAAACAAAGUAUGACCCAAAUGUUGUUGGAUUAGAAGAUUCUUCCGGAGAAAUUACAUCAGAAUCUGAUGAGGAUGCUAUUGAAAAUGGAGACCAUGAAUGUAUCUUAGAAGAAAGCAAUACAAAAAUAAUUUCCGAUCCAGUAGAAAUUAAAGAAGAACAAAACAGCAUUGUUAUAAAUGAUGAUGUUAAGAGUCUUAAUAUAGAUGAAGCAGAAAAAGACACAAAAAAUAAAAAUAAAAAGAACAAUAAAUCUAAUAAAAAGCUUAAGGAAGUAAAAAAACCACUGCUGUCUCAUGAAACUAUACACAUCAAUGUUAAGAGAGACCCUAAAGUGCAGGUAGCAAGGUUGAAAUUGCCUAUUUUGGGUGAGGAGCAAAAAAUAAUGGAGCUCAUUAAUGAAAAUGAGUUUCUCAUUGUUGCUGGAGAAACAGGUAGCGGUAAAACAACACAAAUACCUCAGUUUCUGUAUGAAGCUGGUUAUGCGGAAAAACAAAUGAUUGCUGUGACUGAGCCAAGGAGAGUCGCCACUGUAGCCAUGUCUUCGAGAGUCGCUCAUGAAUUGGGCUUGAGUAACAAAGAGGUCUCUUACUUGAUGCGGUUUGAAGGAAAUGUUACAAGGGAUACAAAGAUUAAAUUUAUGACUGAUGGUGUUCUCUUAAAAGAAAUACAGUCAGAUUUCCUCCUCAGCAAGUAUUCAGUAGUAAUCAUAGAUGAAGCUCAUGAAAGAAGUGUAUAUACCGAUAUUCUACUUGGCUUAUUGUCUAGAAUAGUUCCAUUACGGAGGAAACGAGGUAGCCCUUUGAGGCUUAUCAUUAUGUCAGCUACGUUGAGAGUGGAAGAUUUCACGGAAAACACUAGAUUGUUUAAGGAACCGCCGCCUUUGAUUACGAUUGAUUCAAGACAGUUUCCUGUUACAAUACAUUUCAAUAAGAAUACAUACAGUGAUUAUUUGAAAGAAGCUUAUAAAAAGGCGGUAAAAAUACACACAAGAUUGCCGGAAGGUGGCAUACUUAUAUUUGUAACCGGUCAACAAGAAGUCAAUUACCUCGUGCGCAAAUUGAAAGCGUCGUUUCCAUAUCGAAAAGACAUCGAUUAUUCGAAAAUAAUCGCAAAAAAAAAAUCCACUGCAGAAGUCAAUACAGCACUCGAUUCUGAACCAGAAGACAUUGAAUCUGAUGAUGAUGAGGUAGAAAAAGAAAUGAAGCGUGCUAGGAAAGCAAGAAAGAAGGCUAAAAAUAAAUUAAAAACGUUACCCAAGAUCAAUUUGGACGAUUACGACAUACCUGAAGAUGAUGGGCAGGCUGAUUUAGUGGGAAAUGAUGAUGAUAGCGAAGGACAUUUGAGUGAUUCAGAUUUCGAAGACGACAGUCUAACACCAGAAAUAAAAUCUUGCCGGCAGCCUCUGUGGGUCCUGCCUUUAUUCUCUAUGCUUAGUUCAUCGAAACAGGCGCGAGUCUUUGAAACUCCCCCUGUUGGAGCGAGACUGUGUGUAGUUAGUACUGACGUUGCGGAAACAUCAUUGACGAUUCCAGCCAUUAAGUAUGUUGUUGACACUGGAAAGAAGAAGAUGAAAGUGUACGACCACCGCACGGGCGCGAGCGCGUGGCGCGUGGUGUGGACGUCGCAGGCGAGCGCGGCGCAGCGGGCGGGGCGCGCGGGCCGCACGGGCGCCGGCCACGCCUACCGCCUCUACAGCAGCGCGGUGUUCCAGCACGACUGCGCGCCGCACCACGCGCCCGACCUCUGCCGCCGCCCCGUCGACGAGCUGCUCCUGCAGAUGAGGUGCAUGGGCAUAGACAAGGUGGUGAAUUUCCCAUUUCCAACUGCACCAGACAGAAUGCAACUGCGAUUGGCGGAGAAACGUCUAGAAAUUUUAGGCAUUCUAGAAAAAUAUGAAACAAAUAAUAAAGGUCGAGGAGGCGAGGACGUGCUAAAAGUGACGGCACUUGGUAAAGCGGUGUCAGCAUUUCCGCUUUUACCGCGCUAUGGUAAAAUGUUAGCGCUCAGCCAUCAGCAGAACCUGCUGCCAUAUAGUAUUGCGUUAGUAGCUGCACUCACUGUGCCUGAGAUUAUGAGUGGAAAGCCAGAUUGUUGGCCAGCGACUGGCAAUAGCCUUUUAUUGGGCGAUCCGGGAGUGUUACUAAGGGCAGUGGGAGCUGCUGAGUAUGCUCAUACAAAGGGAGAAGAGGAGCUGUUUUGUGCCAAGUAUGGACUAAGAGAAAAGGCGCUCAAGGAGAUACGCAAAAUACGAAAGCAGCUGACCUCCGAGAUAAACCUCAGUGUGUCCGGGGUGAAUGUGACCGUGGACCCUCAGAUGGGGCCGCCUGAUGAGAACCAAGCGAGACUACUGCGGCAGCUGCUGCUGAGUGGUCUCGGGGACCAGGUCGGCAGGAAGAUCGCUAUGCACGAGGUUAAGGAGGGUGAGGACAAACGCAAGUACAAAUACGCGUACCACUGCGGCGAUCUAGAGGAGCCGGUGCAUCUCCACUCCGAGUCGAUACUGCGGAAGACCAUACCCGAGUGGGUGGUGUACCAGGAGCUGUAUGAGACCGGCGGCGAUGAGAGGAGGAAGAUGGUGAUGAGGAACGUGGCGGCGAUCGAGCCGGAGUGGCUGCCGGUGUAUGUGCCGCAGCUGUGUAAUCUUGAAUCACUAUCGGACCCAGAGCCAAGAUAUGAUGAGAAGAGUGGUCGAGUGAAGUGUCAUUACAAGGGAACAUUCGGAAAGGCCGGUUGGGAAUUGCCUAUUGUGGAAAUCGAUUUUCCCGAUAAAAUUGAACGAUAUAGAUGGUUCGCCAGAUUCCUUCUAGAAGGUUCCGUGUUUCCAAAAUUAAUGAAAUAUGCGACAUCACUGUUAUCGCCGCCUUCUACCAUGAUAAAGAGUUGGGCGAAAUUGCAGCCUAGAACCGAGAUUCUGUUAAAAGCGCUAAUUGCUAGACGUUGUGGCACAAGGACUGAGUUACAGAGGGCCUGGGAGGAGGAUUCAAGCUAUUUACAAGAGGAAUAUUUGAAAUGGUUGCCAGAGUCAGCUCAUAAUGAAGUAACCUUAUAUUGGCCUCCACUGUAAAAGUAUUUAUUGUAUAUAAUAUUUUUGUAAAUAAAACAUAUUGUUUUA